UUACGGAAACAGUGUUCCUUCUUUUUCUGCAGCUUUUCUUGCACAGUCGCAUUAAUCACAGCUCUUCGGAAAGGUCGGCAGCAAGCUGAAGAAAUCUGGGAAGCAUGUCUGCGCUCAACAGAAAGGUCGUUAACACUUCGUCGGCCCCGGCUGCCAUCGGCCCAUACAGCCAGGCGGUGAUCGUGGACAGAACCAUGUACAUCUCCGGUCAGCUGGGGAUGGACGUUGCCUCCGGGAAGCUGGUAGACGGAGGAGUGCAGGCUCAGGCCAAACAGGCGCUCGUCAAUAUUGGGGAGAUCCUUAAAGCUGCCGGCUGCGACUACAGCAGCGUGGUGAAGACUACUGUGUUGCUCGCAGAUAUAAAUGACUUCAACAACGUCAAUGAGAUCUACAAGACAUUUUUCAGCAGUAAGUUUCCUGCCAGAGCUGCCUACCAAGUCGCUGCACUCCCCAGAGGUGGGCUGGUGGAAAUCGAGGCAAUUGCUGUUCUCGGUCCUCUCUCCGACUCCUGACUAGCCGGCAGCAUCACUAACAAGCUGUAGCGCCACCAAGUGUCAUUAUAGAUUCACUGUGGAAGCCUGAUUGUAUUUCCAGAGAACACCUGAAGAGCUACGUUGAAUUUCACCAGUCUUUUUCAGUCUUUCAGUGUUUAAAUUCAGAGCAACAUUCAGCUGUUAAUACUUCACAGCCUGCUCAUUAAACAGACAGUAGGGAUCCAGUAGGACUGGACUCAACAUCAAGCCUCUUGGCUUCUGGUUUGAUAACUUCACUCAUUAUAAAAAAGAAAAAUGCUGUAACACAUCAGUGUGACAUGUUUGCUUUCAUCCUGCAUCAAAUUAAAACACAGAGAAUAUGUGUACUAGAUUUUAUUUUAAGGUGAUCUUUUUAAUUUUCAACAGCUUAUUACUAAUUACAGAUUUUUGGGACUAAAAAUGAUGACACAUCCGGAAAAGAAACUGAUCUUAUAAGGGACGUUAAGCGAUGUCACUGAAGUUGUCACUAUUGAUGUGACACUAUACCUUGUUUAUAUCUAAACAAAUGUAACCAGCUAACCUCAAACACUGGUUAUACUUUGCGCGUUAUAUUUUGCCCAGUGUUUUUCAUCACUGGUUUGUACACUCAUACAGUAAGACCUUACUAUGGCAUCUACUUCAAAUUGGCCUACAGGAUGAUGCUAUGAUACAUUAUAUUGAGACAUGCUAUUCUAGGUGCAAGAAGAAAGUAUAUUAUCAACUUAAGCUCAAGGAGGCCAAUAAGGACAGAAAGAAGGUGUGGAAAGUUUUAAAUAAUAUAACGGGUAGAGAUCUCGCUCCGGUGGUGUCGCACAUCUAGAUCUAGAUGAAAUACACAAUCAUACUACACGAUUUUCAACAAACCGCAAUUUAGUAAUUCCUCGAGUUAAAAGUAACGUUUUGAAAAGCUCUUAUAUUUAGAGCAUCUUUUAAGUGGAAUAUAUUGCCUUAUGCAAUUAGAGAAUUAGCUGCUAUUCACAAUUUCAAAAAACACUUAAAA